AUGCACGAGGCCCUCCGCCUCGCGGAGCGGUCUCGACAAAAGGAAAAAAACGCCCUUCUGGGGGAGUUGCAACGCCUCGAACGGCGAUACGAGCCGACGGUGCGGGGGCUCCAUUCCGAUCUCGAAACCUAUCGGCGAAAGACGCAAUCGGAGCGCCACUCCCACGAGGAGGCGCUGCAGGAAAAACAAGCCCGCGUGGAGGCGCUCGAGGCGGCGUUGCGGCGGGAAAAACUCCUACGGAAACGAGCGGAGGAGCGGCAUCGGUUGGAGAUGGAAGGGGUGCAAAGCGAGCUCGAUUUGAUGCGGCAGUCGCUGCGGCAGAUGGAGAAGAAGGUGUUCUUUCGCAACGCCCUCGAGGAGGCCGCCGCGUCGGCGGAGCAGCCGCCCAUCGAGGACUAUCACUUUCGGUAUUAA